CCAUAGUUUGGUGGAUCCUGUGCCAUUUGAAGAGAAGUGUCAGUUUGAAACAUGCAACUAUGAAAGGACACAGGACUUUUUGUGUGCAGCCCUGGGGUCAUAUGCUCGUGCAUGUGCAGCAAAAGGACUGAUUUUGAAUGAAUGGAGAAAUACUGUGCAAGGCUGCAAAAUUAUGUGCCCUGAUCAUCAAGUUUUCAGCUACAAUGCCAGAGCGUGUGAUCGGACCUGCGUGUCACUAUCUGACCGAGACUUUGAAUGCAGUGCAACUGAUGUCCCAGUUGAUGGAUGUAUCUGUCCAACACAUACAUAUCUUGAUGUUUAUGGUAACUGUGUUAAAGCAUCAAAAUGCCAAUGCAUAAUCAACAAUGGUGACUAUUUAGGCCCAGGCAGAUCAAUCACCAUUAACUAUGAGACUUGGUUUUGUAGGAAUGGGAAACUGAAAUGUGCAGGCCAGCCUCCAGUCUUCAAAGGAAUGUGCAAGCCUCCUAAAGUUUACUUUAGCUGUGCACAUGGGCCACAAGACCAAUAUGGAACAACAUGUGCACCAACCUGCCAGAUGAUAGCCACAGAAAUCUCAUGCAUACCAGCUAAAUGCGUAUCUGGCUGUAUAUGUCCAGAGGGGAUGGUCUUAGAUUAUGAUGAUCGUUGUGUCUACCCUGAAGACUGUCCAUGCAAAUUCAGUGACCGGACCUACAAAAGAGGAGAAAAAAUGAUGAAAGAUUGUGAGGAGUGAGACUAGUCGUUGGCUCUGCACCAGUCCGUUAGCCACUGCACCUCCUUUCUGUAUGCUGAUUCGUCAUUCAUGCUGAUGAGACCC